AAACUCCAAGGGCGAAAGCUGCGUCGGACGGAAAACGAAUCGCUGGCCGGCACCCAUUCGAAUGGCAUCAUCAUAAACCAGAACGAAUACCCACCUCACCGAUAAUCGAUCCAGGAAACCGGCGUCCUUUUUCUUCCUCCCCUGUUCCUCCGGCAAUCGCACACACAAUGGCUUCCGCAGCGAACUGCGCGCGGUGCCUCACCAGGCCCACGACCGCCGCAGCAACAGCCCCCCGACUCCUCUCGCAGCGCAUCGUCCCCGUCAUCACCGCCUAUGCCGUCGCCGGCGCCGCCCCCUUCUCGACCUCGUCGGCCGACGCCGCCCCGCGCACCCUCAAGAUGAUUGGAAAGCACAUCCGUCGCGGCAAGAUCAACCAAAACUCCAAGAAGAAGAGGGACAACGUCAGGGUCAAGAAGCCGAACCCCGGCGAGAGAAAAGCGUUCCGCAAGCGCAUCACGCUGAGCAAUAACAACGCCCUGGCCGUCGAGGGCCUCAAGGAGAUCACCAGCGAGACGCUCGCCGCGGCGGAGAGCAAGGGGUCCGUCGUCGGCCUGCCGGAUAACCUGGUCGAUAAGCUCCGGGCGCUCGAGGCGUUCAAGACGACGCAGAACUGGGCCUUGUUUCGGAGGCCGCAUAUGCUGGUCAGGGAGGAGACUGUCAAGCUUGCGGGCCGGCUGGAUGCUGCCGUCAAGGAGAAGCAGACGUUGAGAUUGGCAUUGACGGGCGGCAAGAUUGCAGGAAAGAGCAUGCUGUUGCUGCAGGCCAUGGCUCACUCGCUGAUGAACAAUUGGGUUGUCAUUAACAUCCCCGAAGGCCAAGACCUCACCAACUCCAACGCGGACUACAGCCCCGUGCCCAACACCAAACCCCUCCAGUUCUACCAGCCCACCUACACCUUCAACCUCCUACAGACCAUCGUCAAGACCAGCGGCCCCGUCCUGGAGCAGUACAAGAUCUCAAAGGAGUACCCCGAGCUCCUCCACGUCCCCAAGGACGGCACCCUCCUCGACAUCGCCACCGCCGCAAAGGAGCCCGAGUUCGCCUGGCCCGCCUUCCAGGCCCUCUGGCACGAACUCACCACCAACCCCACGGGCCCCCCCGUCCUCGUCACCCUCGACGGUCUCUCCCACAUCAUGAAGAUCUCGGCCUACCGCGACCCGGCCUACAACCUCGUCCACGCCCACGACCUCACCCUCGUCCGCCUCUUCGCCGACGCCCUCGCAGGCAAGACCCCGCUCGCCAACGGCGGCGCCGUCAUCGCAGCCACCUCGCGCAGCAACGCGCCUCGCUCGCCCUCGAUGGAACUCGCCCUCGCGCAGUCCGCCGCCGCCGCCGCGGACCAGUUCGUCCCCACCCCCGAUCCCUACCUCAAGGGCUACGACGACCGCGUCUACGAGGCCGUCCGCGGUGUCGAGACCCUCGACGUCAGCGGCAUCACCCGCCAAGAGGCCCGCGCCGUCAUGGAGUACUGGGCUGCCAGCGGCCUCAUGCGCGCGCGCAUUGACGAGUCGUCUGUCGCGGAGAAGUGGACUCUUGCUGGUGGCGGUGUGCUCGGCGAGUUGGAGCGGGCAAGCUUGCUUAACUCGCGCGUGUUGCAGUACUAAAGGGGACUGCCGUCCAAGAGGGGAGUUUGGAAGAGAGAAAAAGGUGUAGAGAGAGAACGUGUAUACAUGUACUAGUGUACCAAGAGAUGCCUGCUUGUAGAAGGGGGGGUAACAAAAUUUUGUAUUAUACAACCAUGUCAUCUAAAGUCAUGGGAAUUCCAAUCUGUUACAAUAAGGCGUACAAUGCUAAAGUCACAAUUGUGCAAAGUUCAAG